UGCCCAGUACUUUCUGCUUCUGCUACUCAAACCCCUCUCUCUCUCUCUCUCUCUCUCUCUCUCUCUCUCUCUCUCUAGCUACCUCUGUAUUACAUUGCAUGAUGGGAUUCACUUCCACAACGAGUGAGCAACAGAAGCAGCAGCUAUUAUCUAAGAUAGCAACAAAUCAUGGACACGGCGAAGAUUCUUCAUAUUUUGAUGGAUGGAAAGCCUACGACAACAAUCCUUAUCAUGCAACCCAGAAUCCAAAUGGAGUCAUUCAGAUGGGUCUUGCAGAAAAUCAGCUUUGCUUCGACUUGAUCCAAGAUUGGAUUAGAAGAAAUCCAAAAGCAUCUAUCUGCACCACAGAGGGAGUCAAAGAAUUCAGGGAUAUUGCCAACUUUCAGGACUACCAUGGCUUGCCAGCAUUUAGAGAGGCUGUGGCGAAAUUUAUGGGGAAAGUGAGAGGAGUCACAUUCGAUCCAAAUCGGAUAGUUAUGGGUGGUGGAUCCACCGGAGCUAACGAGAUGAUCACCUUUUGUUUGGCCGACCCUGGUGAUGCCUUCCUGGUCCCCUCACCUUAUUACCCAGCGUUCGAUCGAGAUUUGAGAUGGAGAACAGGAGUGAAACUGCUUCCGGUCGUCUGUGAGAGCUCUAAUGAUUUCAAGAUCACCAAAGCUGCCUUGGAAGUAGCAUAUGAGAAAGCCCAAGAAGCCAACAUCAACGUAAAGGGCCUCUUGAUCACCAAUCCAUCUAACCCUUUGGGGACAAUUUUGGACAGAGAGACUCUGCAUACUAUAGCAAGCUUCAUCAACGACAAGAACAUCCACCUAGUCUGCGAUGAGAUAUAUGCAGCCACUGUCUUUAGCCAACCCAAAUUCAUAAGCAUCGCUGAGAUAUUAGAGGAAGACGAUACCUUGAACAGAGAUCUCGUACAUAUUGUGUAUAGUCUCUCAAAGGAUAUGGGGUUUCCAGGCUUCAGGGUCGGCAUAGUUUAUUCAUACAAUGAUGAGGUCGUGAACUGUGCUCGCAAGAUGUCUAGCUUUGGACUAGUUUCCACACAGACCCAGCAUCUAAUAGCAUCUAUGUUAGCAGAUGAUGUGUUUGUAGAAAGGUUCGUCGCUGAGAGUUCAAAUAGGCUAUCAGCAAGGUAUAAGAUCAUCACAAGGGAGCUUGGUAAAGUAGGUAUUGGAUGCUUAAAGAGCAAUGCUGGUCUAUUUUGUUGGAUGGACUUAAGGAAACUCCUCAAAGAACCAACACUAGAAGCAGAGAUGGAGUUAUGGCAUGUCAUAGUAAAUGAUGUUAAGCUCAAUGUUUCACCAGGUUCUUCUUUUCAUUGCUCGGAGCCUGGUUGGUUCAGGGUGUGUUUUGCAAACAUGGAUGAUGAGACCACAAGAGUAGCUCUUAAGAGAAUUCAGGAUUUUGUGGGGAAGUCUAGAGAAUCUGUCUCUGCAGUAAUUAGGCAUAAACGUUUCAAGAGCAAUCUUCGAUUAAGCUUCUCAUCAACUCGAAGGAUCGAAGAGACUCUCAUGUCGCCAAGCAUCUUAUCACCACACUCGCCUCUUGUCAGUGCCAGGACUUGAGUGUAUAUGUAGAAGGAACGUUAACAUAUUCUUUCAUUUUGGAAAUAACUUGUUUCCAUAUGUUCAUGAAGGACUCCCAAUAUUAAUUUUCCUGCCAAUCAGUUUAUAUGAUCGGG